GCGUUGGUUACCAGUUCAACUGGCACUUUGUUCACCUCAGCUGAUUAUACACUGAUCUUCAUCCCUCACUCUCCCUUCCAAUUUACAACCUGUCACCUCACCCCUCUCCAAUACACCACCACAGAAAUGACCCCCCCAACAACCCGACAAUGGCUCGCAUCCCUCCUCGAACCCGGCCAAAUCCUGUCCAUGGCCAUCAAAAGCUACCUGCUCGUAUGCCUGGAAGCCAUCCUCGAAGGCCGCAUCCUAGCCCCUCUCCUCGAGACCCAGCGUCUGCGCGACGAAGCCUUCGGCCGGUUCUGGGUAGCGUUCAGCGCACCACCCCAACCCACCCAACCCACCACACAACCAGAGCCAAACCCGCAACAACAUUCGCAACCCUCAAACCAGGAACACCACGACGACACGCCAGCAGAAAUCCAAGGCUCCGCCGACCUCAUCCCGCCCCUGCUCGCCACCGCGCGCGGCAUCACCCUCGACCUCGGCCCCGGCACCGGCACGCAGAUGCCCCACCUGCGCUCGCCGGCCAUCACCGCCCUCUACGGCGUCGAACCCUGCCAUCACCUGCACGCGACCCUGCGCGCCCGCGCGGAGGCGGAGGGCGUCGGGGAGAAGUACACGGUUCUCGGGUGUAGUGCUGCGCCGGAGCAGUUGGGUCCCGUGUUGCGGGAGCGGGGUUUGGUGGAUGGAAGUGGGGCGGGACGGGUCGAUACCAUCCUCUGCGUGCGGGUGCUGUGCUCCGUGCCGGACUUGGUGGGGACGGUGCGCGGGCUGUAUUCGUUGCUCAAGCCGGGUGGGCGGGUCAUUGUGGUCGAGCAUGUGGUUAAUUCGGGGUUUCGGGGGUUCGGGGGGAGGAAAGGUGAGGGGAAAGAUGAGAGGGCAGGGUCCGUCGUGGCUAGGGUCGUGCAGGGAGUGUAUGAGUUGUUGGGGUGGCGGUGGUUUGUUGGGGAUUGUUGUUUGACCAGGGAUACGGAGGGGGCGCUGAGGGGCGCGGCUGCGGAGGAUGGCGGGUGGGGCAGGGUCGAGCU